AGGAGGGCAUCAGGACACCUCUCCUCCCGAAAUUGACCUUUCUUUCGGCCACUCCUCGUGACUCUUUGUUGCAGCAGUGAGUAGCGGGCUUUUUUUUCAUUAUUGUUUUCUUUUUUUCUUCUUUUUUUUUGCCCUUGAACUGCUUCCUCUACUGUAAAAAAAAACAAAAAAACUGUGAAAGCUUCAGGUUUCUAAGACGAAUUUUUCCUGUCCCCCCCCAAAAAAAAGUAUCAAGGGUAACUAGUCGAGUAGUCCUCCCUCUUCAUAUCCCAAUAGUUUUCUACUUAACGGCUUUGUUUAUAGCAUUACACACUACAUAAGCUUUUGUUUGCUUCAUUUUUGUGAUGUUUCUCUAAAAAUAUAUCGCUACUCCUGAUUUAUGGCAUCCCUUGACGAGAGCGCUUACUUGCGUGCUGCUCCCCCCCGUUGAGCUUUUCUAACCUAUUAUAAAAAUAAUGGUAUCACAUGAAAACAAAGGAAAAGACAUUUUUUUCGUCCGUAAAACAUUUAUGAUAUCUCUUAUAGUCAUGAUUUUAUAUAUUUUUUUCUCCGUAACGAGGCGAAAAAAAAUCUUUGAGGUAUAAUUUUUUUUCAUGAAAAUUAUGAUACAUAGUCCAAAUGUUUUACGGACGAAUUGUAGCUAUGGGUAUAAAUAUUUUGUGGACCAGCAGUCAAAAGCAUACUACCGAAAAUAAAAGAGAAGUGUUUCAUAGAAUUAUGACGUUUUUCGAAAGAAAAUAAAUGUUCUCAAAAACCCUUCUUCCAAAUUUCAUUAAACAUUCAGAUUCUUAAAAUUUCAAUAUAACAAUGAUAGGUAUAGGCAAAACAUUCUGAGGGGGCUUCGUGGUGCAGUGGUUAGCACAUUCGGCUCACAAUCGAGAGAGCCCGGGUUCGAUUCCCGGGCGGAGUGGAAAAAAUUGGGAGGCUUUCCUACGCCCCUGCCCACCCAGCAGUGAAUGGGUACCAGGUAUUAAUCGGGGGUUGUGUCCCGUCUCCUGGGAUCUGUUCCCUUCUCCUAUAAUUCUUUUCCCCUCCUGUCUCUCUCCGGCAUAUGACCACAGAUGUUGCGCCGACUAAACGAAACUUUCCAACUUUUUGUCUGUGUAUAGCAAAGACAGUAUUAAUGCAGGCGACAGCUGACUGUGGAACUGAAUCGCCUUAUCAAUCCCUUUACCAGCAAGAGGACAAUGGGAGUAAUGAUGAGGGUGCUGCUGUGUGUGGUGUGCUGUUUGGUGAUGUUCUCUGAGUGUGAGGUCAUGAAAAGUGAGACUAGCAGAAGCAGAAAGGCAGUUAAGCAGGCGGCCGAUGUGGGAAGCUUGAAGGAUGAGGAAAGUCGGAAUCUGAUGGAAACUGAGAAACAUAAAGAAGAUAAGAUGGUGAAGGGGGAGCUCGGUAAAGGAAAGAUUAAGAAAGAGGACAAGGCAGAAUCAGCACCCAACAUUGUGCUUCUUCUGGCUGAUGACCUCGGUUACGGUGACCUCAGCUACUCGGGUCAUCCAACCACCAGGACGCCACACAUUGACAAACUGGCCCAGGAGAGUCGCUUUUUCACGCACCACUACGUCACCAGUCCAGUGUGUAGUCCCUCACGGGCCUCCCUCCUGACCGGCAGGAUGCAAGUACGCAGUGGGGUGUAUCCCUCGGUAUUUAAUCCUGAAAACCCCCUUGGUAUGUCUCGGAAUGAGACCACCAUUGCUGCUCUCCUGAAAACCAAGGGUUACCGCACCAUGAUUACGGGGAAGUGGCAUCUUGGGGUCGGCCGGAGUGGCGAGUACCUGCCCGCGCAUUUCGGCUUUGACCACUACCUGGGGCUGCCCUACUCUCAAGACCUGUGCCCCUGCCACACCUGCUUCCCGGGACCCGAGCCCUGCCAGGGCACCUGCUUUGAUGACCGAGUCUCCUGCCCUCUGUACAGCAACACUACCAUCAUUGAGCAGCCGGUUGACCUCCUUACCCUCACGCAGCGCCUCGUCGACGAUGCCACCGCCUUCAUCAGCGAGUCGGCCACCUCAAACGCACCCUUCUUCCUCUACUUCCCAUUCUUGCACGUCCACCAACCACAAUAUGCCUCUGAAAUGUUUGCCGGGACGAGCGACCGAGGCGUAAUAGGAGACGCCCUGGAGGAGAUGGACUGGGCCGUGGGUCAGGUGGUGGAGGCACUGCAAGAACACGACCUUCUUGACUCCACACUCAUCUGGUUCUCUUCUGACAAUGGUCCUAGUCUGUUUCAGCAGGAACGUGGAGGCUGUGCUGGGAUGCUGCGCUGCGGGAAGGGAACCACUUGGGAUGGAGGCGUGAGGACGCCUAUGUUUGUCCACUGGCCCCUGUACAUAACACCAGGUCGCAGCCAUGGCCUGGUGUCGGCACUUGACCUCCUGCCCACAGUGGCCUCCCUGGUGGGCCUCAACAUCUCUGCCCUCACCCUGGACGGCACAGACAUCUCCCCGCUACUCUGGGACCCCUUCGCCCCUAGUCCAAGGUACCAUAUGCCUAUCUACCCUGCGAACCCCACUCCGUCGAUUGGUCCCUUCGCGGUGACCAACGGGAUCUACAAGGCUCACUUCUACACCGAGGGUUCAUUACUUUCCGGUCCCGAUAACUACGACCAAAUGUGUCCUGAAACCCACCCGCUGACCCAGCAUGACCCGCCCCUGCUCUUCCACAUCCAACGUGACCCAGGCGAGCGGUAUGACCUCUCUGGCGACUCGCAGUACAGCGGCGUGAUAAGCGACCUGACAGCCUGGAGGGAGGAGCACAUGGAGACAAUGACCUGGAACGAUCCCCUAACAGAGACCAUCGACUUUUACGCUCAACCCUGCUGCACCUCCCCUUCCUGCACCCCCUUCCCUCAAUGCUGUGACUGUCCUACCACCUCCUUCUCCAGCCCUCUCGCAACUCCACACCCCAUCCGUGCGCCCCCUCAGUCUCACCCCAACCAUAUCUCCAGCUUCAUGUUACACUAAGGAUGGAUCGCUGCUGGUUCCAUGUCAAUUAAUAUGAUGCCAGGAAAUGUUAGUCAAGAUAAUGCAUAUUUAAAUCAUUGUGCUCAUUAGUAUGUUAUAAUCAGUUCAUUAGAUUGAAUUCGAUCGCUUCUGGCCUCUCGUUCUUUAUUCUUUUGUAGAAGCAGCGUCUAGUGAGCUCUUUUGUUGCUGGUUUUGUUGUUCUGCCCUUGAGCUGCCUCCCUUGCUAUAGAAAAAUAAGAAAAUAAUGUCAGAUGAUAUUUGUAAUCUAGUAUACUUCAAUCCACUGUAUAAUUAAGGAAUUGGACCAAAUUGAGGACAAAUGAAUAUUGGUUUACAAAUAACACUUGGCUUUAAUGAACUGAUUGCAACAUACUAUAAUGAGCACACAGAUCGAGGUAUACAUUAUCUGACACUUUCCUGGCAUCAUAAUAUAUACCAUUACUUAAAGCCUUUAGGUAGGUGCAUUGGGCAAAGACUCAUAUGAAUAGAAAAAAAUAUGGAAUGUUCAAAAAUAUAAAUUUUAAGCUAGCAUAUACUCAGCACAUAUACUCACAAAAAAAACUUUAUAUCUUAAUUGCCAAUGCGUACACAAGUUUAAGUCAUAUAUUACAUUUGCAACUAUUAUAAGCCCACCAAUAUUUCGGAGAGAGAUUUACAUAGAUUUACAUAGAAAAUCAGACCACACAGACCCCAUGGUCCAGACUUGGUGGUCUGUCCUUAAACCUAAGUGAUUUUACAUUAAUCAGAAGACUCCAAAACGUUGCAUUUCUACUCUAGUUGAUAUUAAGUUGAAGGAAGUGACGGUCGAGCUUAUUUUUGAAGGAGUCAAUCGUGUUACACUGGACC